AGAGAGAGAGAGAGAGCUGCUCAUUAUGCAAAUAAUGAUUAGACAAUUGUACCAGGAAGGAAAAAAUCCCCCGACUACUUUAGCCAAGUUCCUCAUUCUGGCAUAAAGUGACUAACUGUCAAAUGUGUGCGAGUGUGCAGGCGCUCGCUGAUGAGAAGCCCAGAGAAGUUCUCUGAGGACGACAAGCAUUAAACACGCUGGAUUAACGGUUUCCUUCAGCAGGAAAACGCGGUUUGACAGGAUGGGCUGUUUGAAGUCCACGCUGAGUGUGAGCAGUGGUGUGGAGGACAAAAACAACCAGCAGCCCGGACCUGAUGGCCAAAAGCCCUCCACCACAAAAAACAACACUGAUAGCUCCCUGUUACCCGGUCAAAGGUUCCAAACGAUGGAAGGCAGUGGUAAAAUAGUGGUCAGCCUUUAUCCGUACGAGGCUUCGCAUCAGGAUGACUUGGGCUUCAAGAAGGGAGAAAAGAUGAAAGUCUUGGAGGAACAUGGUGAUUGGUGGAAAGCAAAAUCUCUGACUAGCGGCAAAGAGGGAUUCAUCCCAUCCAAUUACGUGGCUGAAGCUGACACCAUGGAAACAGAGGAGUGGUUUUUCAAAGACAUCACACGGAAGGAUGCGGAGAGGCAGCUGCUGUCACCGGCUAACAAACCGGGCUCUUAUCUCAUCAGGGAAAGCGAAACAUCCAAAGGCAGCUACUCGCUGUCUAUCAGAGACGUGGACGCUCAAGGCGUGGACUCAGUCAAGCAUUACAGGAUCAGGAAUCUGGAGAAGGGUGGCUUCUACAUUUCUCCCAAAAUCUCCUUUACGGACAUCGGCAGUAUGCUCAAACAUUACCACCGCAAAGCGGACGGCCUGUGUCGGAAGCUGGAGCGCCCCAGUGAGAAACCCAAAGCUCAGAAGCCGUGGGAUAAAGAUGCUUGGGAGGUUCCCAAAGAGGCGAUUAAGAUGGUGAGGAAGCUGGGAGCGGGACAGUUUGGAGAAGUGUGGAUGGGGAGCCUGCUCGACUUUUUAAAGAGUGAGAAAGGUUGCAAACUGUUACUACCCAAGCUCAUUGAUUUCUCAGCGCAGAUAGCAGAGGGAAUGGCGUACUUAGAGAGGAAGAAUUACAUUCACAGAGACUUGAGGGCGGCUAAUGUCCUUGUUUCGGAGAGUUUGCUGUGCAAGAUCGCCGAUUUUGGAUUAGCAAGAGUAGACGACUACGUCGCCGGAGAGGGAGCCAAGUUCCCCAUAAAGUGGACCGCUCCGGAGGCCAUUAACUACGGCAGCUUCACCAUCAAAUCAGACAUCUGGUCCUUCGGAGUACUGAUUUAUGAGAUUAUCACCUAUGGAAAAGUCCCCUACCCAGGUAUGACCAAAGGAGAGGUGAUCUCCUCAGUGCAGCGGGGCUACAGGAUGCCUCGGCCUGACAACUGUCCCCUAGAGCUGUACGACAUCAUGACGUCCUGCUGGAAGGACAGACCCGGGGACAGACCCACGUUUGACUACAUCCAGAGCGUCCUUAAUGACUUCUACACAGCCACAGAGGGACAGUACCAGCAGCAGACAUGAGCAGACACAGAGACUGUUCAUGCAAAAAGACAUUUCACAUUCACUACCGGCCGCAUGGUAAAAUCUGCUGUUUGUUGUCUGUAACUGAGUACACCGAAGGACAUAAAGAGAUUAUUAUAGCAUUAUACACAAAGAAGAGAAACUGUCAAUAUGUUAUAUCUCUUAUGUUUUGAUACAGGAUUUUUGUAAAAAGGGUUUCAAAUAUAUGUACAAAAGGAUUAAUUGUCCCACUUUACUGCUGUCAGAGUGACUGAACAAAGAAGAAAAAGGCAUUCUACAAAGUGUUUGGCAAGGAAAGAGACGUUUAGUUAAAAUACCCAUUCAUUUCUUGGAGUUUUUUUUUUAUAACUCAGUAAGUAUGUAUCCUUUUCAACUGGAAAUGUUCUUUCUGCUACAUUUACUGAAACAUUUUUUUCAUGUAAAAAGACAUCAUUUCUAGCCAAAAUAAAGUAUAGACACAAGCUUUUUACAGUAUUUACAUUUCAAGUCUAACAUAUCUACUUAUAUAUCUUCCUGAACAAAGGGAGCCUUUAUCUUAUAAAUUCCACCAUUUUAAGUUCCCGUCACCUUCUGUUUCCUCAGCCAGUGAGUGACAGUUUAAUGAUGUCUGUAGUACCCACUUCAUGUUGAAGUAAUGCACACAGCUCGUUUUGUUUCGUCUCUAAAUAAAUAGAAGAGUUUCUCCUUCAUUGUUUCACAUUUCAAGCUGGACUGGGUUUGAGACUUAAUUGUUUAAACUGAAAUAAAACCUUGUAAAUUGAAGGUAAUUAGCAGAACGGUGUAACAUUACAUUAUGGGCUUCUUGUGAGCAUAACGUUUAAUUAAUUAAAGCCUUAUUUUUUUAAUAAAA